AGGAAUUCAGGGCUGGGAAAAUUGAGCCUAGUCACCCCACCUGGCGACCACAGCGGAUCCGACCUGGGCUCCAGCCGCACCUGCAGCAGCUGACCACGUGACCUCCGCCAGUUCCAUGGAUCAAACACAGAGAGGAAUCCUGGGCCAGCCCGGGCCGGUCCCCACCACCCAGCCCAAGAAGAAAAGGACGUCAGUGAUGUCUUUCUUUUCCAAGGUCUCUUGGUCACUGAGGUUCCAGAAGCGGGAGUCUCUGAAGAAUGUGUUUUCCAUCUUGGCAGAAAGAGCCCAGGACCCCAACGCUAAAAAGCGCCACAUGGCAAUGAGAGGCCUGGGAACCAUGGCCUGUGAGACCCCUGACAAGGUGAGAAAAUAUAAGAAAAUUGUCCUAGACCUGCUGGUGCAUGGAUUGUAUGACCCUGUGAGUGCUGAAGUCAUCCACGAGAGCUUGAAGACACUGACCAUCAUCUUGGGCAAGAUCCAGGGGAAAAGUCUAGGCUCUUUCUUCGUAGACAUCACUCUCCAGACCAGGACUUUAUUAGAUGAUGAGAAUGACAACCUGAGAUACUCAGCCUUCGUCUUGUUUGGCCAAUUGGCGGCCUUUGCUGGGCGGAAAUGGAAGACAUUUUUCACCAGCCAGGUCAAGCAGACUCAAGAUUCCCUCCUGAUACAUUUACAGGACAGAAAUCCGCAGGUUGCCAAGGCUUGCAAAACAACAUUUCGAGCCUGUUCUCCAUAUCUGAAAGAAAGAAAGGAAACCGGCUUCCAGACCGAAGAAGAUCAAAGGAACCCUAAACUCUGCCGGCAACUGGUGAAGCCAGCCGCCAUGUAAGAUGCCAGAUUACCAGGAACGAAGAAGAAUGUCUGAGAUCACCAUUUUGGAGGAAAGACCAGGCUAACUGCAUGGGAUGCCAUGUGGAGAGCUGAGGAACCCAAUCCACAGUGAAGUCUGAGGUCCAUACUCGUGACUCACGUUGGCUGUUCCAGCCAGACUCCGGCUGUCCACGUGACCCAGCUGACACCAGCUGUCUCAAUGAAGCCCAUCCCAAGUUGCAAAAUUGUAAGCAAGUGAAUCAAAUGAUUGCUGUUUUAAAGCGCUAACUUCUGGGAUAGUUUGUCACUCGGCAAUAAGUAACCAAA